UUGCAAAGAGGUGGGUGGGUGCUUGUUAUUGUUAGGGAGCCAAACGAGAAAGUACAGAGAUAAGCUGGAUAUGGAACGAGCACACAAGGAUAAUAAUUAUCAUUAGACAUUUCUUGUGGUACCAUGGGAUCGUCAUUGGCUGGAUUCACAGAGCCUGCAAAGAAAUACCUAUCUUCAAUUCUUCUGAACUAGCCUUGGAGUAUGAAAUGUAUUCGUCCUUUCCCAGAAUAAAUCAACAUUUAAAUUCCAGUUUUUUUCUGUGACCGGCAAGUGCUUUUUUGACUAUCCUGCAGACCUAUUUAAAAGAGAUUAUGGACUUGUAAUGUUACUACUUUUAUUUUGCUACAGUUACUGUGUAGCAAAACGACACUGUCCUAUUCAAACUCCCUUAGUGCUACUAAAUGAAUGAAUGAAUGAUGACAAUGCAAUGAAGAGUGAUUGCUCGACAAGGUGCCUGUUUGCCCUUGAAGGGAUAUGAGUGAUCCAAGUCUUAGACUGGCAGACCUAACCCAUUCAGCUGGAGUUUCUGGAGGAUUCAUGGACGACUCAAUAAAUAUGCAGGCGGAUGACCUGUUUGCUAGAAAGUUUAAAGCUUUGAAUGGUAACAUGGGACCACCGUCUUUAAAUACACAGGGGAAAUCUGAAGCUCCAGCUAUGCCUAAAAUGGGUGUACGAGCAAGGAUCUCAGAGUGGCCUCCUAGGAAGGAUGGUUUGGAAGGCAGACCUCCACCAAACUAUGAAAGUUUAGUGUUAGGGUUCCACAAUGGACAGAUUGACCAAGACAUGGGCUCAAUUAACGAAAGAAGCCAGGAGGUAUCUGUGGAUUUAGAGUUUGCAGAGACCCAAUAUGCUUUAGGUGACAUUUUCAACAGCUCUCCUCUUAAGGGGCUCCAUCCUAUCCGGCAAAGAAGUAACAGUGAUGUCACCAUUAGCGAUAUAGAUUCAGAAGAUAUCCUCGACCAGAAUGCUGUGAACCCGAACACAGGGGCCUCUCUCCACCGGGAAUAUGGAAGCACAUCUUCAAUUGACAGGCAGGGCUUGUCUGGCGAGAGCUUUUUUGCAAUGCUGAGGGGAUAUCAGGGUGAUAGUCUUGAACAUCAAACCAUGCUGCCGUUGGGAUUUCCUGAACUUCUACACUAUGACUCUUCUUUCUCCCCUAGUCUUCAAACUGCAGAACAGAUUUCCAGAGGAGAGUUCGUCAGGGUUGCUGGGUAUGAUUACGUGGAUAGUUCGCUACUGUAUAGCAGAGAAAGAGAUAAAUUCUUUAAGCGGAGAUUGAAAUCCGAAACUGUGGAGACCUCUCUGUUCCGGAAGCUGCGGACAAUAAAAAGCGAGCAUGACGGUUUAAGGUUCUCAACUGAACAAGAUGACUGCAGACUGGAGAGGCUUGGACGGCCACUGAGCUUUCAGAAAUGUUUUGCACACUACGACGUCCAGAGUAUUUUGUUCAACAUUAGUGAAGCUGUGGCUAACCGAGCUAACCUUGGGAAAAGAAAGAACACCACUACUGGAGCUUCUGCAGCAUCACAGUAUCAAGCUGCAGGGGGUGCUCCAGGGCUUUGUGAGUCCCCAUUGGGGAGCAGAGAAGACUUAAACUCAAAAGAGAACUUGAAUGCAGACGAAGGGGACGGCAAAAGCAACGGCUUGGUUCUUAGCUGCCCCUAUUUUCGCAAUGAGAUUGGAGGUGAAGGAGAAAGGAGGAUUUCAUUAUCCAGGGCUAAUUCGGCUACCUAUGCUGGCGAGAACUGCUCCUUUGAGUCCUCCCUUAGCUCUCACUGUACCAACGCUGGUGUAUCUGUGCUUGAGGUGCCAAGGGAGAACCAGCCUAUUCACCGGGAAAAAGUCAAACGUUACAUUAUAGAACAUAUUGAUCUUGGAGCAUACUACUACCACAAGUACUUCUAUGGCAGAGAACAUCAAAACUACUUUGGAGUAGAUGAAAACCUGGGGCCUGUGGCCGUAAGCAUCCGAAGAGAAAAGCUAGAGGAUGGAAAAGAAAAGGAUGGAGUGCAAUAUAACUAUCGGAUCACCUUCAGGACCAGUGAGCUCACCACUCUGAGAGGAGCGAUACUGGAAGAUGCUGUGCCCUCCACAGCCAGACAUGGCACAGCAAGGGGACUGCCUCUCAAAGAGGUGCUAGAGUACGCAAUACCAGAGCUAAACAUCCAGUGCCUAAGGCUGGCUUUAAACUCACCCAAAGUCCCAGAACAGCUGCUUAAAUUGGAUGAACAAGGGCUGAGUUUUCAGCACAAAGUUGGGAUCCUUUACUGCAAGGCUGGGCAGAGCACAGAGGAGGAGAUGUAUAACAAUGAGACUGCUGGGCCUGGCUUUGACGAGUUCCUGGAUUUGCUGGGUCAGAAAGUGCGGCUGAAGGGGUUCAGCAAGUACAGAGCCCAGCUGGACAACAAAACUGAUUCAACUGGAAGUCACUCACUGUACACCACCUAUAAAGAUUAUGAAUUGAUGUUCCAUGUGUCAACUUUACUUCCAUAUACUGCCAAUAACACACAGCAGCUCUUAAGGAAAAGGCACAUCGGAAAUGACAUUGUCACCAUCGUUUUUCAAGAGCCUGGGGCCCUUCCCUUUACCCCAAAAAACAUCCGCUCCCACUUUCAACAUGUGUUUGUCAUAGUCAAAGUAUAUAACCCCUGCACUGAAAAUGUUUGCUACAGUGUGGCAGUUUCAAGGUCUAAAGAUGUGCCUCCGUUUGGGCCCCCUAUUCCUAAAGGAGUGACUUUCCCCAAAUCUGCAGUUUUUAGGGACUUUCUUUUAGCCAAAGUGAUCAAUGCAGAAAACGCAGCACACAAAUCUGAGAAAUUUCGUGCCAUGGCUACAAGGACGAGACAGGAAUACUUGAAAGACUUGGCAGAAAACUUUGUCACAACGGCAACUGUCGACAGCACAGUGAAAUUUAGUUUCAUUACACUGGGAGCAAAGAAAAAGGAAAAAACUAAACCACGAAAGGAUGCCCACCUGUACAGCAUCGGAGCCAUUACAUGGAAUGUUAUUGCUCGAGACUUUGGGCAGUCCGCUGACAUUGAAUGUCUGCUUGGAACUUCGAAUGAAUUCAUUAUGCUGAUAGAAAAAGAAUCCAAAAAUGUGGUAUUCAACUGCUCCUGCAGGGAUGUUAUUGGCUGGACAUAUGGAGUUAUGAGUAUAAAAAUAUUUUAUGAAAGAGGGGAAUGCGUCUUGCUCUCUGCCUUGGAUAACUGCGAUGAAGACAUCAGAGAAAUUGUUCUGCGGCUAGAGAUUGUAACCAGGGGCUGUGAGACAUCAGAAAUGACCCUCCGGAGGAACGCACUAGGCCAGCUCGGGUUCCACGUGAACUUUGAGGGAAUAGUGGCAGAUGUUGAGCCCUUUGGAUUUGCAUGGAAGGCUGGCCUCAGGCAAGGCAGUCGUCUCGUGGAGAUCUGCAAAGUGGCAGUGGCCACUUUAACCCAUGAGCAGAUGAUUGACCUCUUGCGGACAUCUGUGGCUGUAAAGGUGGUGAUUAUUCAACCACAUGAGGAUGGCACACCCAGGAGGGGCUGCUCAGAGCUGUACCGGAUUCCAAUGGUGGAGUACAAACUUGACAGCGAAGGCACCCCUUGUGAGUACAAAACCCCUUUCAGAAGGAACACAACAUGGCAUCGCGUCCCUACUCCUGGUGGUCUGCCCGUUUCGCGUGCCUCUCCCAUCCAAGGACCUGCCGACCGGCUGCAGGGCCAGCAGUUUCUUCAGCAGGCCCAAGCAGCCAUUCCCCGCAGCACCUCCUUUGACAGAAAGCUGCCAGAUGGCGCGAGGCCAACUCAAGAUGUUGAAAACCCCCAGAUACCUCGUUGCAAUAAAAGUAAUGCCGGUCAGCACUACAGAAGCUCUCCAAGCAACCAGUCAUCCUCCAGUGACCCUGGGCCUGGUGGAAGCAGCAGUUGGGCACAGCAGGCAGGAUAUGAAGGGUGUCAGUCUCCUGUUCUGCAUGAUCAUCCAGGCGAUCCAUCUGGCACUCUGGCAGAUGGCGAUGGACCACGAGAGAGGGAGGGAACUUUAGAAAGGACCAGGUCUACUGAUGCAAAGUGGCACAUACCAUCCACCAAGAUAUUAAAUUCGUUGAAAGAUAAAGGCCUUCAGAAGGAAACCAGUGGGAAAGACUCACCAAACAAAUUUUCACAUCAGAAUGGAGAUAGAAAUUCCAGUCAUUCCAGCAGCAACACCUUAUCAAGCAAUGCAUCGAGCAACAGUGAUGACAAGCACUUUGGCUCAGGGGAUCUCAUGGAUCCUGAGAUGCUGGGAUUAACUUACAUUAAAGGGGCUUCAACUGACAGUGGGAUUGACACUGCCCCAUGCAUCCCACCCAGUGGUAUGGCAGCCAUGCAUUUGGCAGGCAGCCGGGCAGCCCAACACAGCCGGGCUGAGCAGAUGAUACAGUGGGCAGAUCAUCAAGAAGAUGCAGGGCCAGAGGAAGAGCAAGCCAAACUGUUCAGCAUCCAGAGCUAUGCCUCUGCUAUAGCAGCUAUAGCAGCCAGCCACGCUACCGAAGGAAGUAUCGGAGACCUCAGUGAAAUCUCACCCCACUCCAGCAGUUUGCACCACUCGGGAAGUCUUUCCGCACGCAGUUCAAAGAACAGUGGUUCCUUGGACACCUCCAAGGUCUUCAUAAUGUCUCAGAAUAGCAGUCAGCAGGUCUCUGGGUCAGAAGCAAGGGCGUAUGUUCGACAAGGCGCUGUCAGCAAGUACCUGAUAGGGUGGAAAAAAACUGAGGGCAGCCCACCACCUGAAGAGUCUGACAUUACAGAAUGUGGGAGGAGACUAUAUGGUGAUGCAGCGGAAAUGCCAAUGUCUUGUCAGCUCCAGACUUCCGGAAGAGAGACUAAGCACCAGCCAAGCUUUUCCAAGGAGGAUUUUCUGAAGCUGAUGAUACCAGACAGCCCCCCUGUGGAAGAGAGCAAGAGGAAGAUGUCUGCUUCUGGCAGUCUGUCCUCAAGGAGGUCUCUGUAUCGCACUCUGUCGGAUGAGAGUUUGUGCAGUAACAGAAGAGGAUCCUCGUAUGCCAGUUCUCGAAGUUCAAUGCUUGACCAAGUAUUGCCAAAUGAUAUUCUGUUCAGCACUACGCCUCCGUACCACAGCACUCUACCACCCAGAAUGACACUAAACCCUGGUGCAUCAAACCUAAGAAAUGAAUUCUGGUUUUCUGACGGGUCCCUCGCUGAGAAGUCCAAGUUUACUGACCCUGGCCUGAUGCCCCUACCAGACACAGCCUCUGACUUGGACUGGUCUCAUCUUGUAGAUGCUGCACGAGCAUUUGAAGAACUUUCAUAUGCUCUCUUUCUGGAAGGUCUUGACUCAGACGAGGAUCCGAGUCCUGUCUGUCAUCACAGUGGCUUUCUAGAUCAGAGAGUUGCGUCCUUUUGCACCAUGACUGACAUGCAGCAGGCACAGGCUUUGCAGAUCUCUGAGGCGUUGUCCAGACAAAUUGCAGAAGCAGAGGGGAAGAACAUUGAUGAAACUGGGGAGAGUUCACCAUCUACUCUUACAGGGAAGGUAAACCAACUGGAAGUGAUUCUCCGACAGCUGCAAUAUGACUUGCGAAAGGAAAAGGAAGACAAGGCUAUCCUAAAGGUUGAAGUGCAGCACUUGAGGCAAGACAACAUGCGACUUCAGGAGGAGUCCCAGACUGCUGCCGCUCAGCUGAGGAAAUUCACAGAGUGGUUUUUCUACACCAUCGACAAGAAACCUUAGAUUACACUAAAAGCCCUAACUGAUUUAAUGUAAACAUAGGGUUUAAAUACAAUUACUUAAUAGUUGUAGUAGCUAUAGUCUGUGUCUGACCAUGUUCAGCUGACAAUACCAGCAGUGAUGGGGUAGUUAAAGAGAACUAAUUCAUAUUAUUUAUCAAGUGAAGCUAUAUGGGAAUCUGCUUUAGUUUGUGCUCACUACAAAAAAAAAAUGAAUGUAUCUCAUGGUGUCAUUUCAGACAAAUCUAAAAACAACAAACGUUAUAUUCUUAUUUUGUUAUAAACCAUAAGGUAACGUAAUCCACCAUUCAAUGUUUAAUCAGUCAAGAUAUUAACCAACUCUAUUGGCUUUUCAGUAUUGUAAACUAUAAGAGCUAGGUAGUAACUGAUGGUAAAGGAGCUCUAUUUUUUGUAAGUAGUUUUUAUUUCCACUGUCAGUGUCAUAGCAAUAAAAAGUUAUAGUCAAUAGUCACAAAACUGGGUUUAAAAGUUAGCACUAAUGUGAUCAAAUACUUGUUGAAAUGCCGUUGUAUUAGAAAUUAUUUAUUUGCAGGAACGAAUGGUGCCUGAUAUGAACAGUGUAUGGACUGGUUUUCUUUUUUUAAACACAUGCCUUCUUAACAGCUCACUAAUUUACUCACCACCAAUUCAUUUUCUUUUUGUAUAGUUUACUUGAGGCUAUAAUAGUUCUAAUACCUUGUACUAGAACUAGGGUGCGAGCCAACAAACCACUUUUACAAUGCCAAAUGUGUUCAUCUUUGUACAGAAACUCUGAGGAAGUGUCUUGUAUUUAACACCAUUAUUUAACCUUACAGUGUUUAUUUUGUUAAGAUUUGUUUUUUGUUUGUUUAUCUGCACUAUGAAGAGGACAGCUUCCUGUAAGCUGACAUUUCUGUAGCUUGUCAGGGCUAUACUGAUGAUUUCUAGAAACUCCAACAUUUGGAUGCUGCUAGUACACAGUUUGUUGGUUUGUAUGCUUUUACUAUGUCUUUCUUUGUAAACUGUUUCAUUUAAGAUGGGACAUAAAUUUGCUUUUUAAAAUAAAUGUAGGUCAUAAAAACACA